AUGCCGUCGUCAUCUGCGGCUGCGGCGGCUGCAGAACGCAAGACCGAGGUGUUCCAGGUAUCCUUAGUGAGUCUGUAUACCCUAUCUUCCCCUCUGCAAGAUGAUCGUGUAGUCGUUCCUGACUCACUGACGACGCGUCGCACCACGUCCCUCUCGGAUCUCCUCCGGACGACCACCACGGACCGCGCGAUGGCGUGUGUAUAGAGCGUCGAACGACAGUGGGCACGCGAAGUAGCAAAAGGUGGGCGAUCACUGCGACUGUGAGCCCCUGCUCUGCCUUUCGAGCUAAUACUCGGGAAUCAACCCACAGCUAUCCUGGGCACGAUCCUAUUUCAUCGGGUGUUGGGCAACCUCAAGCCGCGCUCGGUCGAGGUAUGUGGCGUCACGUUCGUACGUCAUAUAGCUUACUCGAUGAGACGGUAAUGCUCGACGUAUGUCCUGAAUCCUGCGUUGCAUCGACUAGCCGUCAGCGAGUGAUCCGGAGAUCGAAGCACUGGUCAGUGCCCAUGUCGACACCUACACAAGGGCACUUUUGGAACGAGCGGGGAAUACGCCUCCGAGACCAAGCAGGGUCAGUACACGUCAAAUUGGAGACGAAAUCGUCCCGCAAGCUCGGAAAGCUGACACCUUGGCUCUCUCGCUAGAUGGUCAUCUGCUUCUACCGAACCCCGCAAUCGCCUCGAUCGUUCCGUUCCCCUUCUUCCCAAGCGAUCCCUUCGUCACCAGGGCAUAGCGGUUCGAAAUCGACAUCUCCAUCGAGGAACAUCACAGCACCCGUCACGUCGGCCUUGGGAUGGUUUUCGGCAUCUGCAAAAGCCGCGUUGGUGGGAGGGACGAUGGACGAACCCACGAACGAACAGGUCGAUGAUCUGCAGCAGUUCGGCACACCUUGGGAAGCUUGGAUCGUCGAGAUGGAUGCGGUCGGGGAUGGGAGAAGGGGGGUAGGAGAGGAUCGUGAGUCAUCUGAUACGCAAAUCGAAGCUGUCUCACUUGCUGAACAUGGUGGCCCUCCGACACCCAGGCCUGAGAAGUCAGCUGAACGAUUUCCUCUUGAGGAGUCUGACGUUUGUCAUGGACAGGACGGCACAUAUCCCACCCAUCACCUCGUCCGAUACAUUACCCCAUGGCGUCCUGGUAAGUGGAAGAGGUAGUUCCUCACCUCUUCGAUGAGAUGGUCUGAAGAAUACGUCCUUCCUCACAGAUCGGCAUCGAUCCCCCUUCCGUACCGUUUACGAUCCCCGCAGCGAUCAUGUCGAAUCCGACGUGGCCUUGUCUGCAUAGAGAACUGGUCGCUUCUCCAAGAUCACCAGCCGCGAAUCUGGGGCGAUGA